GAGGUGGGCCGGGGGAGCGAUGAAGAGAAAGGCGGGGAGGCAAGGGCGGGCUGGGCGUAUUCGACUAGCGCCGCGGCGGUUGGCGUAGCGGACGGGGUGCAGCCUCCCCGGUGCGAGGAACGGUCUCCGCUGACAGAUCCCCUUCUUCCGGCCGCGCCACUCGGGAGGCGGAUCCCCUGGGCCUGAGGAGGCUUCCCCCGCCCGGCUUGCUUUCCCUCCCUCGCAGGCGCUGCCGCGAGUCCACCGAGCGGCCUCUGAGGAGCAGCCGCAGGAGGAGGAGGAGGUCGUCGGGGGCGGCGGGCGAAGACCGCGCUCUCGCUUCCCCGGCGGCGGCGGGGGCAGGACAAUGGAGGUGGCGGUGGAGAAGGCGGCGGCGGCGGCGGCAGCGGCCUCGGCAGCGGCCUCCGGGGGGCCCUCGGCGGCGCCGAGCGGGGAGAACGAGGCCGAGAGUCGGCAGGGCCCGGACUCGGAGCGCGGCGGCGAGGCGGCCCGGCUCAACCUGUUGGACACUUGCGCCGUGUGCCACCAGAACAUCCAGAGCCGGGCGCCCAAGCUGCUGCCCUGCCUGCACUCCUUCUGCCAGCGCUGCCUACCCGCGCCCCAGCGCUACCUCAUGCUGCCCGCGCCCAUGCUGGGCUCCGCCGAGACCCCGCCGCCCGUCCCUGCCCCCGGCUCGCCGGUCAGCGGCUCUUCGCCGUUCGCCACCCAAGUUGGAGUCAUUCGAUGCCCAGUUUGCAGCCAAGAAUGUGCAGAGAGACACAUCAUAGAUAACUUUUUUGUGAAGGACACUACUGAGGUUCCCAGCAGUACAGUAGAAAAGUCAAAUCAGGUGUGUACAAGCUGUGAGGACAACGCAGAAGCUAAUGGGUUUUGUGUAGAGUGUGUUGAAUGGCUAUGCAAGACGUGUAUCAGAGCUCAUCAGAGGGUAAAGUUCACAAAAGACCAUACUGUCAGACAGAAAGAGGAAGUAUCUCCAGAGGCAGUUGGUGUCACCAGCCAGCGACCGGUGUUUUGUCCUUUUCAUAAAAAGGAGCAGUUGAAGCUGUACUGUGAGACAUGUGACAAACUGACAUGUCGAGACUGUCAGUUAUUAGAGCAUAAAGAGCAUAGAUAUCAAUUUAUAGAAGAAGCUUUUCAGAAUCAGAAAGUGAUCAUAGAUACACUAAUCACCAAACUGAUGGAAAAAACAAAAUACAUAAAAUUCACAGGAAAUCAGAUCCAAAACAGAAUUAUUGAAGUAAAUCAAAAUCAAAAGCAGGUGGAACAGGAUAUUAAAGUUGCUAUAUUUACAUUGAUGGUAGAAAUAAAUAAAAAAGGAAAAGCUCUACUGCAUCAGUUAGAGAGCCUUGCAAAGGACCAUCGCAUGAAACUUAUGCAACAACAACAGGAAGUGGCUGGACUUUCUAAACAAUUGGAACAUGUCAUGCAUUUUUCUAAAUGGGCAGUUUCCAGUGGCAGCAGCACAGCAUUACUUUAUAGCAAACGACUGAUUACAUACCGGUUACGGCACCUCCUUCGUGCAAGGUGUGAUGCAUCCCCAGUGACCAACAACACCAUCCAAUUUCACUGUGAUCCUAGUUUCUGGGCUCAAAAUAUUAUCAACUUAGGUUCUUUAGUAAUUGAGGAUAAAGAGAGCCAGCCACAAAUGCCUAAGCAGAAUCCUGUCGUGGAACAGAAUUCACAGCCACCAAGUGGUUUAUCAUCAAACCAGUUAUCCAAGUUCCCAACACAGAUCAGCCUAGCUCAAUUACGGCUCCAGCAUAUGCAGCAACAGCAAUCCCCUCCACGUUUGAUAAACUUUCAGAAUCACAGCCCCAAACCCAAUGGACCGGUUCUUCCUCCUCAUCCUCAACAACUGAGGUAUCCACCAAACCAGAAUAUACCACGACAAGCAAUAAAGCCCAAUCCCCUACAGAUGGCUUUCUUGGCUCAACAAGCCAUAAAACAGUGGCAGAUCAGCAGUGGACAGGGAACCCCAUCAACUACCAACAGCACAUCGUCUACUCCUUCCAGUCCCACGAUUACUAGUGCAGCAGGAUACGAUGGAAAGGCUUUUGGUUCACCUAUGAUCGAUUUGAGCUCACCAGUGGGGGGGUCUUAUAAUCUUCCCUCUCUUCCAGAUAUUGACUGUUCGAGUACUAUUAUGCUGGACAAUAUUGUGAGGAAAGAUACUAAUAUAGAUCAUGGCCAGCCAAGACCACCCUCAAACAGAACGGUCCAGUCACCAAAUUCAUCAGUGCCAUCUCCAGGCCUUGCAGGACCUGUUACUAUGACUAGUGUACACCCCCCAAUACGUUCACCUAGUGCCUCCAGCGUUGGAAGCCGAGGAAGCUCUGGCUCUUCCAGCAAACCAGCAGGAGCUGACUCUACACACAAAGUCCCAGUGGUCAUGUUGGAGCCAAUUCGAAUAAAACAAGAAAACAGUGGACCACCAGAAAAUUAUGAUUUCCCUGUUGUUAUAGUGAAGCAAGAGUCAGAUGAAGAAUCUAGGCCUCAAAAUGCCAAUUAUCCAAGAAGCAUACUCACCUCCCUGCUCUUAAAUAGCAGUCAGAGCUCUACUUCUGAGGAGACUGUGCUAAGAUCAGAUGCCCCUGAUAGUACAGGAGAUCAACCUGGACUUCACCAGGAGAAUUCCUCAAAUGGAAAGUCUGAGUGGCUGGAUCCUUCCCAGAAGUCACCCCUUCAUGUUGGAGAGACAAGGAAAGAGGAUGACCCCAAUGAGGACUGGUGUGCAGUUUGUCAAAACGGAGGGGAACUCCUCUGCUGUGAAAAGUGCCCCAAAGUAUUCCAUCUUUCUUGUCAUGUGCCCACAUUGACAAAUUUUCCAAGUGGAGAGUGGAUUUGUACUUUCUGCCGAGACUUAUCUAAACCAGAAGUUGAAUAUGAUUGUGAUGCUCCCAGUCACAACUCAGAAAAAAAGAAAACUGAAGGCCUUGUUAAAUUAACACCUAUAGAUAAAAGGAAGUGUGAACGCCUACUUUUAUUUCUUUACUGCCACGAAAUGAGCCUGGCUUUUCAAGACCCUGUUCCUCUAACUGUGCCUGAUUAUUACAAAAUAAUUAAAAAUCCAAUGGAUUUGUCAACCAUCAAGAAAAGACUACAAGAAGAUUAUUCCAUGUACUCAAAACCUGAAGAUUUUGUAGCUGAUUUUAGAUUGAUCUUUCAAAACUGUGCUGAAUUCAAUGAGCCUGAUUCAGAAGUAGCCAAUGCUGGUAUAAAACUUGAAAAUUAUUUUGAAGAACUUCUAAAGAACCUCUAUCCAGAAAAAAGGUUUCCCAAACCAGAAUUCAGGAAUGAAUCCGAAGAUAAUAAAUUUAGUGAUGAUUCAGAUGAUGACUUUGUACAGCCCCGGAAGAAACGCCUCAAAAGCAUUGAAGAACGCCAGUUGCUUAAAUAAUAUGCAGCACCACUAGCUUGUGCUGGUUUUUAGAUUCUUUUGUUUUCAAAAAAACAUUUGUAAUUUAACAUCACUACAAAGAAGAGUUUGUGACUACUCUGAUCUCUGUUUUGGACGUUUACUAGACUUUGAUUUCCUUGAUAGCCCAUUUCUGUUAACCUCUUAUCACUAAGAAAGAAGGAGAUGAAUGGAAGAAAGAAAAAGGAGGAUAGAAAAAGGAUAGAAGAUAGAAGCAUUGAAAACAAAGACAUUGUUCCCCCUUCUUGGAUUUUUAAACCACAAUCUGGAGCGAUAGCUGCUGUAGAAAGGAAAUAGACUUUGUAUGAACUCUUCAGUUGAAAAGUAUAUGUGGUUUGGAUGUGUGCGUUAAUUCAGUUUUAGAAAUGAAUACCACUACCCAUGAAUUAUAUGGCCUGACAAUAUGAGUUAGGUGUACUGUACUAAAGAACAGUACUCCACAAACAUGGGUGGUAACAAGAGGUUCCAUCCCAGGAGGCCAAACGGUGCAACAGAAGGGUAGGUUAGAUGCUAUUAAGAAGGCACCUAAUAGUACAUCAUGUAAGAUGGCAACUGUAUUAAAGAAAAAUCCAGAAAACAAAUGUUUGAUUUUUGUUUUUUGUUUUUAUCUUGUCUGUAGAGGUGUUUGGUAUAGCAGGUUUUCAAGGCCACUUUUUAUACAUUUCUAGAUCUAGAUUUUCAACUUCUUCCACUGAAGGAAGUAUAUACAUUUGGUUUUGCUGUGUGUCUAUGUGAGGUUUAACUGUACAGGUGAUCCUUUUACAACAAACCUCAUUGUUUGCAGUAUAGCUGUUAGUGGAACUAUCCAAAAUAUAAAUACAGCAGCGUGCACUGUAUUUGAUGUGAGGUUUCUUCAUCUACUGGGCAUUAAAUAUAAGUUCCUCUGAAAGGGACUCGUUUUUGUGGUUUUCAUCUGUCUGUAAUUUGGAAUGAAAAUCUGUUGUGGGAUUUUGGGAGCAGGCAGUUGGGGGGAAUUAAUAGUGAUUUUUUUUCCUGAAGCAGCUAAUGGUUUUCUUUCGAGAGUCAGAACAUCACAUUUAAUCUUUGAUCUGACUACUGAUUUUAUUCUCCUGAUAGAGAUACAAAAGACCUAUCUUCUGAGGACAAGCAUAUUCUUAAUGUGCCAGACCUACCCGGUUCAACUGAUCUAGAUAGAAGAAAAUUGCUGUGCCAUACACUAAUCCAGCAUUUGACACAAUACCUAAAUGGUUUGCCGAAGUUAAUCUUUAUUUAUAAAACAUUAACUGGAGUAAAUUUUUCUCCUUAGGAUGAUAGAAUAAAAAGAGCUGACUUUAAAGAAGGCUAUUUGCAUUAUAUCACCUCCCAUAAAUUUAACAUAGAAGACUUGGUUUUAUCUACAUGGCUUUACUUCUUAAAAUGGAAAAUACCCUGUGGCUAAUCCAUUGGGUUUUCAGGUAUUGCUAAAGAUACAAUAUAGGGAGAAAAUAACUUGUUAGCAACAGCUUCCCGUUGUUUAUAUAUAGGUCUUGUUCAUAAUAUGUCAAUUACGUAUUGUUAAAAAGUCCUAAUCGCUUUUCCAAAUAUGUGUUACAUGGUAAUGUUUGUCAUUGUUGUUUUAAAGUUGCAUUUGACAUUUGUUCUCCAAAGUGUUUGAACAGAUUUUGAUAACAGUGCACACACCUUUUGUCUUUUUUUGCUCCAGCAUUUUAUUUUUAGCACAGCAGCUGUGGAGCUUUUGCUAAUUAUUUUAUUGUUGGUAUCUUAGAAUACUGUUCGUCUGACAGUUUAUUCUUCCAUACUUGUCUCCCAAGUUAAAACAGAGCAACACAGUUAAAUUAUUUUGAGAAUCAUUACAAAAAGGAGUUAGAACUUGCCAGAGCAAAACUGUAAUUUCCUAAAUGUGACUAAUGAACCGCCAACUGUCACUAUUACAUUCAGUGCCGUAUUUAUCUUUCAAAACAGUAUUUGUUUCACCCUAACCAUCUUUGGCUGAAUGAAAGGCAGUUGAGAACCAUCUUUUCGUCAUACAUAAUAUAUUAAAAUAUAAUUAUAUUUAAAGUAAAGGUCUUGGGGCGGGGCACAGUGGCUCACGCUUGUAAUCCCACCAGCACUUUGGGAGGCCAAGGUGGGCGGAUCACAAAGUCAAAGAGUUCGAGAUCAGCCUGGCCAACAUGGUGAAACCCCCGCUCUACAAAAAAUACAAACAUUAGCCGGGGAUGGUGGCAUGCACCUGUAAUCCAAACUACUCAAGAGGCUGAGACAGGAGAAUCAUUUGAACCCAGGAGGAGAAGUUGCAGUGAGCCAAGAUCUCACCAUUGCACUCCAACCUAAGUGACAGAGACUCAGUCUCAAAAACAAAAAGUAAAGGUCUUGGGUUUCUCUCUGUAAAUAGCUCUUAUGUAAUAGUCUUUAGAUUAAUAUCCUUUGACUUUAUUAAUAAGUACCUGUGUGCCCAGGUGGAUCUCAGCUAAGUCAUCCUUAAAUUCUAUUCAAAUAGAAAUAAACUAUAAAAUGAGCCUAACUAUAACCCACACUCAUUUAUCAAGCAUUCCCCCAAAAGUUCAGUGCGAUUCAGGUACUCUUGACCUAAACUUGUACACUCCAGUGUACAUCUUUGAUAAACUCUGGAAGAUUUCCCUCUGGAUUUGUGAUCAGGAGCCCAGUGGGCCCCCAUUGCUGAAUGUUCACCACACCUUUGGCUAGGGCUUAUGGAUGAGCAGACUACGUGGAAGCUAGGAUUUACUCAGUUCCACCUCACUGACAGCUUCUCUAGGGGCCAAGCAACUGACUUUUCUGCGUAAGGAAGCCCAAGUACUUGACCAGUGACAUAUAUGGCCAUGGCAAAAGUAUAACUGGAUGGACAUAGACCAUAUUGAAUGCAGAAUACAUUUUAGAUCAGUAUCUGGCAUUGCAAUCAUUUUGCCUUUUGAAUUAACAUGCCCUGCUUGUUUUUUCUGAAUGGAAGGGUAGGAAAGUAGAAGGUACUAAAAAGGAAAUGUAGUUUUAGUUUCUUUUCUAAGCUAAAGAACUGGCUUUACUACUACUAUAUUUUACUACCACACAGUAGUAUAGAUGUAGUAUAACUUGGUUAGGAAUGCUUUCCCGAAGGUUACCUCCAUAGUCAAAAGGGUGAGUAUACAGCUGAUUGUUCCAUUUAUGAAACUGCAUUUCAAUAUCCUAUGCUGUUACUGUGCUUAGACACUUAGUUACAUUUGAGUUCCAAGGAGAGAGAGUGAGAAGAGGAACUCCUCCUCUUGCUGAGCUCCGGUCUAAAUUAACGUGAAUCCCAAAAGUAAAUUGCUGCAUAUGAAUAAAAGGUUUUAGGUUUAAAUUGAAGAUAUAUUCAUUUUAAGGUUUAUAUGUAUUGGUUGUGAAUGAGAGAAAUUGAGUGAUCUGAUUGGCCAUUAAAAUUACCGUAAACGGGCCAGGCGCAGUGGCUCAUGCCUGUAAUCCCAGCAGUUUGGGAGACCGAGGUGGGUAGAUCACCAGAGGUCAGGAGUUCAAGACCAGCCUGACCAAUAUGGUGAAACCCCAGCUCUACUAAAAAUACAAAAAUCACCCAGGUGUGGUGGCACAUGCCUGUAAUCCUAGCUGCUCAGGAGGCUGAGGCAGGAGAAUCAGCUUGAACCCAAGAGGCAGAGUUUGCAGUGAGCUGAGAUUGCACCAUUGAACUCCAGCAUGGGCAUCAGAGCAAGACUCUGUCACAAAAAAAAAAAAAAAAUUAUGGGGAAAGGCCGCGUGCGGUGGCUCAUGCCUGUAAUCCCAGCACUUUGGGAGGCCGAGGCUGGUGGAUCACCUGAAGUCAGGAGUUGAAGACCACCCUGGCCAACAUGGUGAAACCCCACCUCAACGAAUAUACAAGAAAAUUAGCUGGGUGUGGUGGUGGGUGCCUGUAAUCUCAGCUAUUUUGGGAGGCUCAGGCAGGAGAAUCACUUGAACCCAGGAGGUGGAGGUUGCUGUAAGCCAAGAUCACACCAUUGCACUCCAGCCUGGGCAACAAAAGCGAAACUCUGUCUCAAACAAAAAAAAGAAAAGAAAAAGAAAUUAUGGUGACCACGCGUUCAACCAUCUGAUUUCUUAUUGAAAUUGAGCUCCUUUUAAAUAACCAUUUAUAUAUUUUUUAAAGUAUUUUAUAGCCCUAUGUAAAUUAAUAGUUGAUGUCUUUUUAUAAAUGUUUAUUGCAUAUUCAUCUUGAAUGUGAAUUUACUGUUGUGAUUCACAUACUGGUGUUAUGUUUCUGAGUGAGAAUAAUGCUUGCCAAUCAGAUCACAGAUUUUUCUCCAUGAAGGUUUUACUUAUUGAGACGGACAUCUAAGGUAGUAGUCUUCAUUUUUAAUUUUUGGGGGCAGAUUGGUGCUUUGGUUUUAAUAAAAAUUAACUUUGAUGGAUUUUUACUGUCAAUAUAUUUUACCACAAGGAUCUUUUAAUGGAAAAAUUACUGAAUAUUACUUCAGCAGAGUUCUAACUUCUUUGAGUCUCUGUUACUACUCCUGUUGUUCCCCUAGCUGUAACACUGAUACAUAUAGGGGCAAGCUACUAGUCCAUAAAUAGCUGUAAUAGGAAAACAGUUUUUUAAAAUUCUAACACGUGUAUUUCACCGGCCUUAAAAGAUUUUUUAAAAAUUGACCGGAAGGAAAGCGGGUGGUAAAUAUCUUGGAUUAUUCUGCCUCAUACCAGCCACUCCCAAACUAGAACCAAAGAUGCCAUGAAAACUUCUACUUGUCUGGAAGUUAUUUGGGGAAGGAGGGAAAGACACAGAGUGGGGACUUUUGGAAGUCAUUUAAAAAAUUUAGCUAUGUUAAUUCCACUUGUAAAGUUUGAAAGGUUUUGAUUCUCAUAAUUUCUGAGAAUUACUAUGUUUUAAAUUUACUGUUGGAUAUUUAACAGAUCUUUCAUGGGGCCAACCUAUUUGCUUCCUUAAUUUUCAAAUUAAGUCCUAAUUUGAGUCCUAAAAAAAUCUUUCCUUGUUAGUUGCAAGUUAAACAUUUAAUAAAAUUAUUUUCCCAUGUUU